CCCAAGUUCCGCGGAGUUGGCGGGGCCGCGCCGUCGGUCCCUGCCGCGCUCUCCCCUUCCGCGUUCCGCCGUCCGCCCCACCUGGCGCCCCUGUCCCCGGCAGGCGCCCCAGGCUAUGGCCCGAGUGUCCGGGGCGCGGCGCUGACGGCGGCCGGCGGAGCGCGCCAUGCCCAGCAGGUCCAGCCCCAAGAUGGACGGGAGCGGCGUCCGCGUCCGCCUGAAGGUGCACUACGGCGGGGACAUCCUGAUCACCAGUGUGGACGCGGCCACGACCUUCGAUGAGCUCCGAGAGGAGGUGCGGGACAUGUGCCGGCUGCGCCAGGAGUACCCGCUCACCCUCAAGUGGGUGGACAGCGAAGGUGACCCCUGCACUGUGUCCUCACAGAUGGAGCUGGAGGAAGCCUUUCGCCUGGCCUGUCAGCCCAAGUGUGAAGGGCUCGUCAUCCAUGUGUUCCCGAGUGUCCCCGAGCAGCCUGGCAUGCCCUGUCCUGGAGAAGAUAGUACAUUGGCGGGGCCCGCAGGUGCCGGGCUGGACGGUCCUCAAAGCCCAGCACGCCCCUGGUAAAGAGCAGACAUACAAAAACCAAGCAGAGUCCAUCUACCGCCGGGGAGCCAGGAGAUGGAGGAAGCUGUACCAGGCCAACGGCCACCUCUUCCAGGCCAAGCGCUUUAACAGGAAAGCGUACUGUGGCCAGUGCAGUGAAAGGAUAUGGGGCCUCGCCAGGCAGGGCUACAGGUGCGUCCACUGCAAGCUGCUGGUCCAUAAGCGCUGCCACGGCCUCGUCCCGCUGACCUGCAGAAGGCUUAUGGAUUCUGUCAUGCCUUCCCAAGAGCCUCCAGUAGCUGAGAAGAGCGACGGCGUGGACCUUCCCUCGGAGGAGACCGAUGGCAUUGCGUACAUUUCUUCCUCCCGGAAGCACGAGGGCAUCAAAGACGAUUCCGAGGACCUGAAACCUGUCAUUGAUGGGGUCGACGGGAUCAAGAUCUCUCAGGGGCUCGGGCUGCAGGACUUCGACCUCAUCAGGGUCAUCGGGCGCGGCAGCUACGCCAAGGUCCUCCUGGUGCGGCUGAAGAAGAACGACCAGGUCUACGCCAUGAAGGUGGUCAAGAAGGAGCUGGUCCACGACGACGAGGAUAUCGACUGGGUGCAGACAGAGAAGCACGUGUUUGAGCAGGCAUCCAGCAACCCCUUCCUCGUCGGCUUACACUCCUGCUUCCAGACAACCAGCAGGUUGUUCCUGGUCAUAGAGUACGUCAACGGUGGGGACCUCAUGUUCCACAUGCAGAGACAGAGGAAGCUCCCGGAGGAACACGCCAGGUUCUACGCUGCUGAGAUCUGCGUUGCUCUCAACUUCUUGCAUGAGAGAGGGAUCAUCUACCGGGACCUGAAGCUGGACAAUGUGCUUCUGGACGCUGAUGGACACAUCAAGCUGACAGACUACGGCAUGUGCAAGGAAGGCCUGGGCCCUGGGGACACCACAAGUACUUUCUGCGGAACCCCAAAUUACAUCGCCCCGGAAAUCCUGCGGGGAGAGGAGUACGGGUUCAGCGUGGACUGGUGGGCGCUGGGCGUCCUCAUGUUCGAGAUGAUGGCCGGGCGCUCCCCCUUCGACAUCAUCACCGACAACCCUGACAUGAACACAGAGGACUACCUUUUCCAAGUUAUCCUGGAGAAGCCAAUCCGCAUCCCCCGGUUCCUCUCCGUCAAAGCCUCCCACGUCUUGAAAGGAUUCCUAAACAAGGACCCCAAGGAGAGGCUCGGCUGCCGGCCACAGACUGGCUUUUCGGACAUCAAGUCCCACGCCUUCUUCCGCAGCAUCGACUGGGACCUGCUAGAGAAGAAGCAGGCCCUGCCUCCCUUCCAGCCGCAGAUCACUGAUGACUACGGCCUGGACAAUUUCGACACGCAGUUCACCAGCGAGCCCGUGCAGCUGACCCCAGAUGAUGAGGACGUCAUAAAGAGGAUCGACCAGUCUGAGUUCGAAGGCUUCGAGUACAUCAACCCGCUUCUGCUCUCCACCGAGGAGUCCGUGUGAGGCCUCGUGCCUCUCUGCCGUGGACAUACCUGUGAACGACCCCGUGACCUCAUCCUUCACCACAGCAUAUGCAUGCCAGGCUGGGCACGAGGCUCUGGGCAGCCAGGGAGGGACGCUGGCCCGAGACUGGAGGGAGACAUCCCCUCAGGCAGGCGCCUCUGGGCAGAGCAGCCCCUUGCAUCUGGGCCUGGAGAGGCCGGCUUCGUGCUGGGGAAUGGCUUCUUGGACCUGCGUGGUGGACCACCGCGGCGCUACCCAGGCGGAGACUCGCCAUCUCGAAGGUGCACAUUUUCCACAGAAGCAGAACUCGAUGCACUGACGUGCUCCUCCAGGAGAGUUAGUGUUGUGUCCUGAGGAAUAAAAUGUCCCGAUGGUG